AUAUUACAUAUAUCUCUGGCUAUUAAUAAUUUCAAUUGGACUAUUUGUCAUCAAAUCUCUUCUCUUGUAGGGACUAACAUAUGGGUAGUUAUAAGUGGCGAUCGGACAGGAAGAUUGUUAAAAUAUGACCCACGGAGCAAAGAGGUGACUGUGUUACUUGAAGGUCUCGCCUUUGGAAAUGGAGUGGCAAUUAGCAAGGAUAGCACAUUCCUCCUCAUCGUCGAGACCACCACCCAAAGAAUUUUGAGGUUUUGGCUUCAGGGUUCUAAAGCCGGAGCCCUUGAAGUUUUCACCCAGCUAUCAGGAUACCCAGAUAAUAUCAAAAGGAAUCCUAGAGGAGAAUUCUGGGUAGCUACCACCAUUGGUAGUGAUAUUUUAAAAAACUCCUCUCGUUCGCACUCACAUAAAAGAAAAACAGUUUUAACAUCCAUCCGAAAAUCUAACACAUUAAAACCAGCAUCCAUCAACGAUGUGAUUGGAAUGCGUUUUAAUGAGAAUGGUGAGAUCAUGGAGGUAUUAAAUGAUAAAUUUGAAAAGAUUAUGACACGUCUUAGUGAAGUAGAAGAAAACAAUGGGAGUUUAUGGUUGGGAUCUGUGGUUGCGCCCGAUGUUGGCAUUUACAAGCUUUAGACACUUAUAUAGUUAAUUUUCUAGUAAUGUGGUUAAUCGUAACAUUUGUCUAUGUUUUCAAAUACUUAUAUUUUGUUCAAUAUCUUGAAAUAUUGAACCUAUAAUAAUGACUUGAGUUAGUUGCA